ACACCCAACCAGCUUUGACAGCUCACUGAAAAUCACUCCGGCCCGUACGCGAAGCAUUGCGGGGUGGCAGUUUUUAACUGCAAUUCGAUAAGAAAUCCCUUUUCCAACACAUAACCGGCUCAACUGCAAUGUGCAAGGCAACUUACUACAUCGUUAUUUAUUGUUAAUGUCGAUUCCGUGUCGCCUGGACUGGGUGUGAUCAUUACAAUCCUUGCCUUGGCAGCCUCUCAGCCCGAAGCAAGCAGCAUUGAUUAGCAAGCAACAACAGGGAAUAAUAAAAAAAAACACACGCGACAACGUUCCACAUUAUCGGUUCGCAAAACUUUCUCCUGAAGUCGUCCGGUGUGUAGAGCUUACCGCUUAGCGCUUUCGGUGGAACGAGUCAGUGGAAGAGAUCAUGACACAUAUGCAUCUGCGUGCAACCGGUAAAUAGAAUCCUUCACCUAAUUAGGCGUUUUGCAACGGACAACAUUUCCCCCCCCGAAGGGUAGUGACACAUGUAGAUAUAGGUGAAGCGAUUCUUCGUGAGUGACCUCAAAAGUGCAUUAGCUAGUUGUGUAAGACGUACCGCCAGAUUUUCGAUCAUCCUCGGUCAAGGAACGCGUGGUGUGUCCGCUCCGGAACCCGGAACAUCGUUUUGUGAAUAGUUAUGAGCGUGCGAGGCAACAAACAUCGAAGGAAGCUUGUGGCCCGGUUGUAAAACAUCCCGAAACCAGUUAUUAUCGAUCGCGGUAGCUAGAGGAUCAUUAGCAUACUGACGGAUUCCACGCAACAAACACACCAAAAUGAUGCAAAGGAAUUCAACGUUCGAAGACAAAUGGCCCAGUAUGCGGCCGGUUGUUUUAAGCCUGCUGAAGCAGGAACGUGUCACACCGUCAGAAUGGCAAGAGCUGUUUUUUGCCGUACAUCUCGUAUGCCUUUGGGACGAUAAGGGCCCGCUGAAGAUACACGAGAGCCUGCAGCAAGAUAUCGUAGCGUACAUCAAGCAGGCACAGUGCCGCGUACUGGCCCAACGCGAAGAGCAAGCCCUGCUGAAAGCGUACAUCGUCGAGUGGCGCAAAUUCUUCACGCAAAGCAAUUACCUGCCGUUGCCGUUUGCGAAGCUGGAAAGCUGUCUGCAGAGUAAAGGCAGCAGCUCGUCGUCGGUUUCGUCGUCCGGGGCCGGUGCAUCCUCCUCGUCGUCGUCUGCCGCGGCAACGGGCGGUGGUGCUGGUAGCAGCCAUAACUCCGCAGCUUGUGCAUCGGCCGGCACUAGCUCCGGCGGCGGCGGCAGCAGCAGCAGCAGUAGUUCCUCCAAGAAACCGAUCCACGCCGAAGACUCGAUCGUGCGCAAGCUGAUGCUGGAUUCGUGGAACCAGAGCAUCUUCAUGAACAUUAAGCACCGGUUACAGGAGUCGGCGAUGAAGCUGGUGCACGCGGAGCGGAACGGGGAAGCGUUUGAUUCGCAGCUCGUGAUCGGUGUGCGCGAAAGCUACGUCAAUCUGUGCUCCAACACGGAGGAUAAGCUGGAGAUCUAUAGGGAAAACUUUGAGGCGGCCUAUCUGCAUGCCACUUCUUCCUUUUACCGGCUCAAGGCAAGCGAGCAGCUGCAAACGAACGGUGUGAAAAGCUUCAUGGAGUAUGCGGAUGCGAAGCUGCGCGAGGAGGAAGCCCGGGGCGAACGGUAUCUCGAGCCGGGCAGCAUCAUUGCGCUCGGGCAGUGCUGCGUGACGGUGCUAAUAGGUGACCAUCUGCCCACGCUGCUGGCCGAGUGUGCCCCGCUGAUCGAGGCACGGGAAACGCAGCGUUUGCAGCUAAUGUUUCGCCUACUGGACCGGGUGGCCGGUGGUGUGGAUCCGAUGUUACGUGAUCUGGAAAACCACAUCGUACAGGCGGGGCUGGCCGACAUGGUUGCGGCGGCCGAUAUCAUUACGCAGGAUUCGGAAAAGUACGUCGAACGGUUGCUGAAGCUGUUCCGUCGGUUUAGCGAUCUGGUGAAGGAAGCGUUCAACGACGAUCCGCGGUUUUUGACGGCCCGUGACAAAGCGUUCAAAACGGUCGUGAAUGACAUAACGCUGUUCAAGCUGGAGCUGCCCACCUCGAACACGGCGAUGGCCCGCGGCAUUAAGAUAUCGACGCCCGAGUCAAAGUGUCCCGAGCUGCUGGCUAACUACUGUGAUAUGCUGCUACGGCGGACACCGUUCAGUAAGCGGCUCACCACCGAAGAGAUUGAAUCUCGUCUCAAGGACGUACUGCUGGUGCUCAAGUAUGUAAGCAAUAAGGAUGUCUUUAUGCGGUACCAUAAGGCUCACCUAACGCGCAGGCUCAUCCUCGAUUCUAGCGCCGACAGCGAAAAGGAGGAAGAUAUGGUAGAAUGGUUACGGGAAGUCGGUAUGCCAGCGGACUACGUGAAUAAAUUGGCUCGAAUGUUUCAAGAUAUUAAGGUUAGUGAAGACUUGAAUACUCAGUUCCGCUCGCAAACGACGCGCCACGAUGCAAUCAACAUAAAGAUUUUGAAUGCCGGUGCCUGGGCACGCGGUUCCGAGCGCGUGUCGGUCAGCUUACCGCUCGAGCUUGAAGACUACAUUCCGGAGGUUGAGGAGUUCUACAAGAAGAAACAUUCGGGCCGCAAACUCCAGUGGUACCAUCACAUGAGCAAUGGCACCAUCACGUUCGCCAACAACACGGGCCGGUUCGAUCUGGACGUGACCACAUUCCAGAUGGCGGUACUGUUCGCGUGGAACCAGCGCCCUAACGAGCGCGUUUCGUACGAAAAUCUACGCCUCGCCACCGAACUGCCCGAUCCGGAGCUGCGCCGUACGCUCUGGUCGUUGGUGGCGUUCCCGAAGCUAAAGCGCCAGCUGCUGGUGUACGAACCGGCCAUAAGCAAUCCGAAGGAUUUCACCGAAAACACUCUGUUCUGGGUGAAUCAGGAGUUUGCAAUCAUCAAAAACGGUAAGCCGCAGCGUCGAGGUAAGGUGAAUCUCGUGGGCCGGUUGCAGCUCAGCACCGAACGGUCCCAGCAGGAGGACAAUCAGUCGAUAGUGCAGCUGCGAAUAUUGCGCACCCAGGAAGCAAUUAUCAAGAUCAUGAAGAUGCGCAAACGGUUAAGCAACGCCGCGCUACAGGCUGAGCUGGUUGAUAUACUUAAAAACAUGUUCCUGCCAUCGAAGAAAAUGAUCAAGGAGCAGCUGGAAUGGUUGAUAGAGCAUAAAUACAUGCGGAGAGAUGACGACGAUAUAAAUACCUUCAUUUACAUGGCGUAGAGGGUCUUCAAACUGGGGUGUUUGGUAGAUAAGGCAGAGGGGAGCGAAGAAUGGCAAUGAUGGCAGCAAUUUCAUUUAAGGACGGAUACAUACACACAUCCAUACGUACAGGAUCAAAGCUUAUUCAACACAACACGGCCCCUUCACUACUGGGACUGAUCGCGUUGCGCUGCAGCGACGCUUUUUACAAACGAAGACAAUUUGUUGUUGAUCUAUUUCUUACCGAGGUGUACACUCUCACCCUACUGAGCGGAGGUGAGCAAUGCGCACGCCGACCUCCGACCUGAUGUGCGUGCUGAACGGAUAGUAAUAAAAAAAAAACUAGCAUCGGGUUGUAAUCAUA